CCACCACGCAUCCAUCGUAUGAAGGACGGCACAUCGACCACAUGGCGAACAAUCAUGUCUCAGCCGCUAAAUUAGCUAGUGGAACCGCGGACCGUAAAGAGUGUGGUGCGUCUACACCAUCUCUUUUUUUAAGCGAACCAAAACGGAGCAACUAGAACUACUGAGACACUCGACAAUGGCUCUGUAGAUUCAGUGUUUGGGUUAUGUUAGCGCCGGGGAACAGUGGACUCGCACUAAAGAUCUUUGAAUUGCCGAUGCUCAUUGCUCUUCCCCCUCUCAGCACUGCCAACUCUCAAGAAGUAGAUGAAUUCAAAAACAAGGCUCUCAGCAGCAGGGAUCGGGCUGUACGCUUUCAGCUUCUGUCAAUCUAGAACGGGGCCGAUGCAUGAUGCAUCGACCAUCGUCAGCCCGCUACUGUUCUGCGCGCAGGGUAAGCCAAAUGAAAGUCUGCCACAAUACGGAAACAAAAACAAAAGGACCCUUACUCGUAUUCAGUGGGCGCUGUCUACACCCACCGCAGCGGCGCAGCUCAGGCGGCCGAUGCUACAUGGGCCCAUCCACUGCUGUCGCUGCCGCUGGGAGGGAUUAUUGGUUCCUGUGCAGCCGCUGCUGCAGGUCAAUUAGCGCGAGGUGCUUUGGCCAAGAAUUGAACUAGGCUCAGCUCUUUUCUUUUCUCUGACAGGUUCAAAAAGGGUGCUUGUGCUGUUCUCCAUCCUCAAUUCGUCUCUACACCACCCAAAAACAAAAAAUAAAUAAAGAUGCUCUUCUCUGUUGCUGCUGCGGUUGCUCUGCCUGCCCUCGCCUGGGCAUCCCCCAUGGCUGAGUCCAUCUCGGUCAAGGUCGAGCCCAAACAAAAGAUCAACGGCACCCUCGAGUACAGCACCCAGUGCAAGAAGUGCCCGUACCAGCUCUGCACCAAUGUCAACAUUCCCUACGGCGGCGACAAUAUCACAGCGACCUGCUGGACAAAUGGCGACAAGAUUGACGACGACGACAUGUGGCUCAAGACGGUUGACAACUGUUAUGUUGCUGAAUAUGACCUCAAGGAGUACGCCGGCGAUUGGUCCCAGGAUCUCAAGUACUGCGGCAAGGUCCCCAAGACCAUCACCACGCAAAAGAGCAAGGUCCGGUACCUCUCCGAGUGCAAGUGGGAGUCCGGUACCUCGUCCGAGACCAUCAAGUACUACGGCCGCGAUGUCGACAUCACCUUGACUUGCUGGGUCGAGGGUUCCGAGAUUGUCAAGGACAAGUACUGGUACAAGACCACCGAUAACUGCCAUGUCAGCGGCUCCGGCCUCUGGGGCAAGCCUGACCGCAGCCGCCUCGACAACUGCGGCCCUGACCCCUACCCCCGCGCCAACGAGACCCGACGCUCACUCGACUCGGACAUUGUCGUUCCCGGCAAGACUGUCGAAGUCGCUGAAGAGACUACUCAACCCAAGAAGAAGAAGAGUGGUAUUGUCACCUCGCUGCUCCGCCGUUGGCUAGAGCCCGGCAAGAUUGGCGAAGAGUACGCCGCGUGCCUGUCGUGCCCUGCUCUGGCUCCCAAUGCCACAUGCAAGCAGAUCAAGCGCUACGAGUUCAACGAUACUGUGACUAGCCAGUGUGUGCGCUUUGAACAGAUCAACUUCCCCAACGGCACCUUUGAGGACUACUACUGGAUGCUGACCACCGACUGGUGCUACACCAAGUCUAGCGACUUUUGGGAGCCUCCUUAUGACCACUACCGCUACCCUAGUUGCGACAACUGGCCUGGCUACUAGACGGCGCAUGUCGUUGUAGAAUGAAAAUUCUUUUUUUUAAUAUAUAGCAUAAUGAUUAUCAGAUCCGAGGUCGCUUGAAAUGAAUAUAGUAGACUGUCAUUCUUAAUAAAACAGAAACUUUUGAUUUU